GAAGUUAACCGGAGCCGGAGCCUCGGGGGCCGCUGUUCGGAGGGGCGGAUACGGGCGGAGGGGAAAGAGCCGCCGCCGCCGCCGCGUGGGUUAUGAGCUUUUUACCUCAGAUGGCUUUCAGGAUAGUAGAUCAGCCGUGGCGCUAGGAUCCCGUUUUUCCAGAUACAUUCCUCGAGUGCUUGUUCUCUCUCUGUGUGUUCUUCUCUGGCUCUUCCCACAACUCACUUCAGUGCCUGCAUGGAAUAAGCCAGUCAGAGGCGUCUUCCAGUCUCAUUCUGUCUCCAGUUUGUAAGAGGCUUGUAUCCUGGCAUUGUGAAGAACAGCAAGGGCAACUGCUGUUGGUUUUCAUACCUCUCCCCACUGUAAAUGAGUGAAGGGUCUCUCCUUUUGACAAUGAUGAAGACUGAAGGAAAAGGAGAGAGGACUUUAAGAAGUGCUUCUCCACACAGAAAUGCCUAUAAAGCUGAUUUUCAUGCUAUUAAGUGCAGUUUUGAUUCUGUGAACGCGGAUAAUGCUUCAAAUAGAUCCGGCUCCCAGCAAAAGCUGACCAGCUCAUCCAAUGGUGGAGGUAAUGACCCACAUGUUCGGGGCAGAGCUGUCAACUAUGGCAACAGGGUACAUAAGAUCAAAAAUAUGUUCAUGCAGAUGGGUGGCUCUUCCACUCCACUUUGUUCUGAGAACAGCCCACCCUCUGAGCCCAAGAUCAUCACCAAAACAGCUGCAAGUGACCCUGCUCCUCCUUCUCCCAGUAGCCCAUCUUUCUUUUGUGUUAAAAAAAACAACCUCCUAAAUAUUGACUCUGUCCCUUGCAGUGGUCCUCAGGAUUAUUUACCUGCUUCUUCGGUUACUGACAAAAUUAUCUGUAGCAGUGAUGAAGGACAUCUAGACAAAGCUGCCCUAGCGGAGAAGUUUUCUGAGACUAGGAAACUUUUUGAAAGGAACACAAAAAAACCAAGCUCAUUGGACAGAUGUACUCCUAGCAAAAAUGAAAGGAUUGAAGAUAGGAGGAGGCAUGGCUCUGCCUCCUCUGACGGUAGUAGUGUGGUUGAUCACUUUAAUUUCAAUGCCGAUGUUGGCUCUCAAGUCACCAUAGACAAGGCAGAGGAUCAAGGGAACAGUGAACACAAGGUGCAGUACUCCAGCUCUAGAUUGUCCUCAUUGAAUGCUGGGCCUAUUUCUAGAAGACUGGAGAGUUUCCUGGGAGACAGUGACAGUGAAGAGUGUAAAGACACUUCGAAAAAUGAGGGUACUCAAAGUCCAGUCGAGUCGGUGUUCUGCAAUUGGGAAUCACCAGUGGUUAAGGAAGAGCUGUACUUGAAGCAAAAUCAACCUCUUGUCACUCCUUCCUAUUUGAGCAGCAGCAGUACUAGUGAAAAGGAUGAACAGAGUAGGGUCACUGAAGAAGCAUCUGGAAGAGAGCAACCAACCUCUGAGAGGAAGCUGCAGUAUACAAACAAUGUGUCCACUAAAGUAGAUAGAGCCCCAAUAAAAAUCUCUCAGGUAGAAGUAGUUAGAGCUGAAUUGAUAAUGGUGCAGAAUAAAACUUCAGAGAAUGAUGGUGAAAUUGUGGGGGAAGUUAAUGUCUUCCAGAAGGAGAAACCACUCCGAUUUCCAAGCUGGGAAGGUGAAGGAAAUGGCCUCACCUUUGAAGAAAUGGAGAAACUUAGUGGGUGCAGUGAGCCCCAUCAAAAAGAAGUAAAAGAUGUGGCAUCUCCGGAGGAAGUUCAGACAAGAGAGCAUGAUCAUGUAGAACAAGUAGGAGAUAGUGAAGAAGAGGAAGAAGAACAAGAAAGGCCAGAAAAUUGUAGUGGAUUUUCUUCCAGUGCUUUUGGGAUAGAGAAUGCAGCUUUUGACGAUGACAGAGAAACAGAGACUUAUAGUCAGGGCCCUGAAGGAGAGGAAACCUUGCCAGAGGAGGAAUACAACUAUGAUAGUAAUUAUGAGGAAUUUCCUGGACUCUCUGAAGAAGAAGAUCCCGAUCCGGAUAGGAAAGUAAAGUUUUCCACAGCCCCAAUCAAGGUAUUCAAUACUUACUCAAAUGAAGACUAUGAUAGACGUAAUGAAGAGGUUGACCCUGUGUCAGCAUCAGCUGAGUAUGAACUUGAGAAAAGGGUGGAGAAAAUGGAGGUUUUUCCUGUGGAAAUUGAAAAAGGUGACAGUGGUUUAGGUAUCAGUAUUAUUGGAAUGGGUGUUGGUGCAGAUCAGGGGCUGGAAAAGCUGGGAAUCUUUGUCAAAACAAUUACUGAAGGUGGAGCUGCUCAGAAAGACGGUCGAAUCCAAGUAAAUGAUCAAAUUGUUGAAGUUGAUGGUAUCAGUCUUGUUGGAGUAACCCAGUUUUUUGCAGCAACUGUACUAAAAAAUACAAAAGGCACAGUCAGGUUUCUGAUUGGAAGAGAAAAACCAGGAACUCAGAGUGAAGUAGCUCGACUUAUAAGUGAGACAUUGGAGCAGGAGAGAUGUUUGUAUGAGCAUCAGUAUGCCCAUGAUGAUACAGAACAGGAUGAAGAUUAUGAUGAAGAUGAAGAUUCUUUUGAAUCAAAUUUACAUGGAAAAUCGGUGGAAGUGUUUUAUCUUCCAGAAAAUGAGGAUAUUAAUUUGCCACUAGACAUGGAUUCUACACAGUUUCUGUUGAAGUUUAAAGAGCUACAGUUGAAGCAUGCAGUUACGACAGCUGAAGUUAACCAGCUUAAGGAAAAGUUAAAAGCAUCAGAAGCUGAAAAGAUUGAAUGGGAGUUAACUAAAUCCCAGCUCCAGGAAACUUUAAGUGAGAAUAAAGAAAAAAUAAAGAAGUUGGAGACCUAUUGGUUAGAAGCACAAAGUUUAUGCAAAACAGUAAAUGAACAUCUUAAAGAAACUCAGGAACAAUAUGAUGCCCUGGAGAAAAAAUACAACAAGGCCAAAAAAUUACUCAAAGAGUAUCAGCAAAAAGAAGUAGAACUCAUGAAAAAGGAAGAGGAUCAUACAAAAAUUAUUGGAGAGAGAGACCAGGAGCAUGUAAAUCAGCUGAAGAUAUUGCAGGAGAAGAUUUCAGAGCUUGAAGAUAAAUUAAAAAUAUAUGAGAGACUCCCAUUUAUGUUUGGAAAUAGCAGUUUAUUAGAAACUGCAACUCCAAGUCCUGAACAACUUACAGAAAACCUUGAAGUAAAAGAUGAUGUUCAAGAAUUUGAGUCUUCAAUAGAGAAAUUGGAUUUUUCUGAUUUUGAUACUUUUGUUGGGGACACACCAAGGUUAGACACCAGUGCACAUAAAGCAAAAGCCCAGCUUGCCUUGAAAGUGAAACGUCAGCCACCUUCUCGGUCAAAGCUGAAAGCAUCUCUUGGGGCUGGACAGAAGGAAAUAAACUUGCUGGAUGUGGAUGAUAAUGAUGAAAAUACAGAGGAAAUAAUCCAGAGCAGAUCUUCAGAAGUGACAGAGAAGAUCAUUUCAUCACAGCAGAGUGAUGUAGAUCAAAGAGAUGAGAAGCAUGAGCAUGCUGAAAGCACUGACAGUUUAUUAGAAUCAAGUCCAUCAACUUCCUUGCACUCUUCUCCAGUAUAUAAACCAAACACAGAAAAUAGUCCUGAAACAACUCAGCCAGCUUCUAAUGAUGAUACAACUCCAAAUUCUCCUUCAGGAUGCAGCAGAAAUGUCAAGCAUAGAGACUCAAAAGGCAAAGGAAGAGUGAACAAAGAUGACAAACGAAGUGAAGAAAAGACUGAAUCAAGUGAUGGUGCCUCUGUGGGCAAGUCCAAAAGGCGUUUCCCAGAUUUUGGGGGCCUAAGAAAAUCUGGUGGUAAAGGGAAGAAGCAAGAAAAAGAAAAUGCAAGGAGUUCGCUAGACAGCCGGGGCUCUCGAGAAUUGCUGGAAGACUCUGUCAACAACUUAUCUGCGUCAGAUUCAGAUUCCCCUAUCCCAACUUGUAUGCCUUUCUCCUGGUUUGGAGACAGCCAUAAAGAGCAUAGUUCUAGUAGCACCCUGAGCUUUUCUCAGGGUGGUCAUGAUGUUGCAUUGGAACAGAGCCAGGAGAAGAACAGAAACAAGAGUAGAAUUGUCAUAGAUGAUUCAUACGAUAGCAAGCCAAGUUGUGAUCUGUCAGGGUUAGUGACAGAGCCAAAUCUUUCAGGGCGUUCACACACUUUAACCUUCUCUUCAAACGAGACUUCCGAUGAUGAACCAUCAACUACAGGGAAACAAAACCAGUGGCACAGUCGGCCCAUUUCUGAAUGGACAACACAACAGGUGUGCCAUUGGCUAAUGGGAAUGAAUAUGGAGCAGUACAUUGCGGAAUUCACAGCCAAAUGUAUAGAUGGACAGCAGUUAAUGCUGCUUGACAGUGACAAGUUGAAGGCCCUGGGAGUAUCCAGUCAAAAUGACCGAUCAACAAUAAAGAAGAAAAUUAAAGAUAUUAAGAAAGCACAAGAGAAGCUGGAGAAACAGAAAGAAAAGUUUCAAAAGAAAGAGAAAGAAGUCCGGAGAACUGGCAGAGUGGUGGCCACCGUAGAAUCAAGCUGCUAAAAUUCUUUAAAAUAUCCUAUGCAACUACUUAAUCUGGUGUAGUCACAAGGGCUAGUGGAACUAUGCCAAGGCAAUGUUUCAAUAUCUUUAUUUUUAUCAGACUCCCUUCAGCUUGAAGAAGUGUCACAAUUGUAUAUUACUGUAUAAUUAUGAAUGGGGGAGGUGGGAAGUGAUAGCUUUUACAAUAUAGGUUUUUUAAUCUCCCAUUUCUACAGUCCUUCCCUGUUUAUAUGAUUCAUCAAAUGAAAUAUUUUCCAUUUUUUUAUAUUUAGAUCGUUAACUUGUACUAAUGAACAGUAAAUUAACUUUGCAUUAAGUAAUGUGUAUAUAUGUAUUACUUAUUCUAGGUCCCUGAAGUGUCUAUCAGAAGUAUAUAUAGUUUUGAUGAAUAGGAUGUGAACAUAAAUUGCAGUAUAAUGUUGGGUGGUAUCUGGUAUAGAGAGACAGUAUCAGGUCAUUAUGUUCUGUUGAAGAGAAGUUUGUUGCCACUAGUGUUGUAUAGAGGAAAAAUUAAGUUUAAAAAAUAAUAGAAAAUUAAUUUAAUCGUAUUUUGACUUAAUGAUGUGUUUAAAAUCCUGUAUUUUCCAGAGUUCAUUUUAAAUUCAAAAUGUAUUGUAGUAAUAUAAUUCAUGACUUGCAUCUUGGCUUUCUUAUUUUCUAAAAUAAGAUAACACCAAGUUUCUAAGCUGAGUAUGUUGAAGCAGGAUUUCAAAGUUUAUUGAUCAAUUUUAUACACUUUUGUAUGGACUAUGGGGUUUUAUAAUCCAUGUAAGAUCAAAUUGUAAUACAUGCAUUACACUUUCCUACUCAAGAUACUGAGGACCAAAAAUAUAUUUUUACUAAACUUUCAAUGUUAUUGGUCUUCCUAAUACCAGAAUGGGAAUAGCCGGAGGAGGGAGGUAUGAAUUGAAGCACUGGGUUUCUGCAGUGUGUAUAAUUACACUGUAGACUACGAAAUGUCUUCCUGUUCAUGAGUUGCAUUUGUUUUCCAGAAUAGUGUCAAACACACUUGCCAUGUGCUGUUGGGUAACACAUAAUCUGUUGUAGGAAAAAAUACACUACAUUGGAGUGGCACUUUUGAGAAAUGAAAUAAAUUUCAUUCAAAAAAGAA